CACUACCCGCAAGUGGGGCGAAGAGAACGUAUGACCUGUAUUUUCGGAGACCGCCCUAAUCGUCGAUUCUACAAAAUACAAAAGCUGCCGGCCGGAUUUAUUAUGAAACAAAUUAUCGAUACGGGUUGGGUAAUAACACCACCGCAAGUGGGGCGAAGGGACAUGACGCGUAUUUUUGGAGGUCACCUAAUCAAUUCAGCAAAAUACAAAAUCUGGUCGGUGAAAGCACCACCCGCAAGUGGGGCGAAG